UGGGUGUGUAACGGCCGUUAGGCGAGGUGAGGGGCGGACGCCGCAGACGUGGAGGCUACAGUGGGUACCUCCGAGUGAGGGAUUUCGCCGCCCGCUUUCAGGCUGUCUUGGCUCAAAUAACUGUGAUGGCCAUGCAAGAGAAAUACCCAAGUGAGAGGAUCGCUCAUGCCACUUCACCAGGUUCCAGUGUGAUUCAGAAGGGCAGUUCCCUGGGGACUGAGUGGCAGACACCAGUGAUCUCAGAGGCCUUUCGGAGCCGCUUCAGCCGUUGUUCAAGUGUAGCUGAUAGUGGGGACACAGCGAUUGGCACAUCAUGCUCAGAUCUUGCAGAGGAUUUUUGCAGCUCAAGUGGCAGUUCUUCUUUCCAGCCCAUCAAAAGCCAUAUAACCAUCCCAACAGCCCAUGUGAUGCCUUCUACUUUGGGGAAUUCUCCUGCCAAGCCAAAUUCUACACCUGCUGGACCCUCUUCCUCCAAACUCCCUUUGUCUGGGUUGGCUGAAAGUGUGGGGAUGACAAGAAAUGGAGAUCUCGGUGCGAUGAAACGUUCUCCGGGCCUGUCCAGAGACCUUAUGUAUCUCUGUGGUGCUGCUGGAGACAACGGAGUUGAGCAGUCUUGGUUUCCAGCAGUGGGCCAUGAAAGAGAGGAACAAGUGAGGAAGUUUGAUAUUCCUAACAUGGAAUCAACCCUCAAUCAGUCGGCGGUGAUGGAGACACUUUAUUCAGAUCCCCACUACCGAGUCCACUUCCACAAUCCAAGAACUGACACGAAUAAGGAGUUGUACAAAGUAUUACCUGAGGCCAAGAAAGCACCCGGCAGUGGGGCAGUAUUUGAGCGGAAUGGUCCACACCCCAGCAAUAGUGGGGUGCACCCUUUGGGACUCCAGCCUGCUCCUGGGCUCUCCAAGGCUCUGCCCUCUCAGGUUUGGCAACCGAGUUCUGACCCUUGGCAUCCCAGGGAACAGUCUUGUGAACUCAGCACUUGUCGGCAGCAGCUGGAAUUGAUCCGUUUACAGAUGGAGCAAAUGCAGCUUCAGAAUGGAGCCAUCUGCCACCAUCCUGCCACUUUUGCUCCUUUACUGCCCACCUUGGAGCCAGCACAGUGGAUCAGCAUCUUGAACAGUAAUGAACACCUUCUGAAGGAGAAGGAGCUCCUCAUUGACAAGCAGAGGAAACAUAUUUCUCAGCUGGAGCAGAAAGUUCGAGAGAGUGAGCUACAAGUCCACAGUGCCCUUCUGGGCCGCCCUGCUGCUCCCUUUGGGGAUGUCUGCUUGCUGAGACUACAGGAGCUGCAGCGGGAGAAUACUUUCUUACGUGCUCAGUUUGCACAAAAGACGGAGGCCUUGAGCAAAGAGAAGAUCGAGCUUGAAAAAAAACUCUCUGCUUCGGAAGUUGAAGUCCAGCUUAUCAGAGAGUCUCUCAAAGUGACGUUGCAGAAGCAUUCAGAGGAGGGGAAGAAACAGGAAGAAAGGGUGAAAGGUCGUGAUAAACAUAUCAAUAAUUUGAAAAAGAAGUGUCAGAAGGAAGCAGAGCAGAACCGGGAGAAGCAGCAGCGUAUUGAAACCUUGGAACGCUACUUGGCUGACCUUCCUACACUGGAAGACCAUCAGCAGCAGAGCCAGCAGCUUAAGGAUUCCGAGUUGAAGAGCACAGAGCUGCAAGAGAGAGUGACUGAGCUGGAGAGCUUGCUGGAGGAAAGCCGGGAAGCCUGCCGAGAGAAGGAGGUUCAGCUGGAAAGCCUGAGAAAGAGAGAAGCAGAAUUGUCCUCUAGAUGCAACCUGCAAGAUGCGCAGGCUGCGCAGACAGCCAGUGGAGAAGGCCCAAGAGCGGACAUGGAGUCCUGGCAGCGGGAAUGCGACUCUCUCCGGAAGAUUGUGGAGAAGCAACAGCAGAAGAUGGAUCAGUUGCACUCACAAGUGCAGAGCCUAGAGCAGGAAGUGGCUCAAGAAGAAGAAACCAGCCAGGUCCUGAGAGAGGAAGCCCAGCGGAGGGAGACAGCCCUGCAGCAGCUGCGCACAGCUGUGAAGGAGCUUUCAGCACAAAACCAGGACCUGAUUGAGAAGAAUCUGACGCUCCAGGAACACCUGCGCCAAGCCCAGCCAGGGUCUCCGCCCUCACCAGACACAGCCCAGCUGGCGUUUGAGCUACACCAGGAGUUGGCCGGCUGCCUUCAAGACCUGCAGGCUGUCUGUAGCAUUGCCACGCAGAGGGCCCAGGGUCACGACCCCAACCUCUCCCUGCUCUUGGGCAUUCACUCUACACAGCAUCCAGGGACUCGGCUAGAUUUGCAGAAGCCAGAUGUGAUCAAAAGGAAGCUAGAAGAGGUUCAACAGCUGCGCCGUGACAUCGAGGACUUGAGGACCACCAUGUCAGACAGAUAUGCCCAGGACAUGGGAGAAAACUGUGCAACUCAGUGAGGAAUGCUGGGUGUGGGACAGGCUGCACCCCCCCAGGGACCGCAGGGAGCCCAGUCCAGCAAGGUUCCAGCUUUAACCCUAUGUUGCCUCCUGUCUGUGGUUCCGAGGGGAGAGGGGAGAGAAGGAAGAGCCUGCAUCUGGGGGCCAAGGGUUGAUGAGGGAACCGCCAUCUGCCUGUUUGCGUGUCCCACAGAGGCUUGGCCUCCUGGGAUUACGUUUGUCCUGUGAUCCUGAUUGACCGUCUGAGGGCGAGUUACUAAUUAACUUUUGCAAGUACAACUGAUAAAUCCUCACAGACGGUUCCCAGCCCUAGGCUGACAUCCGAGACAGGCAGCUCACCUCCUUCUCCUUCUGGGAUGGAGCCACAUUCAUUCCCACUCCCUACUUUGGCCUUGCUAAUGCCUGCAGUUCAUUAGAGGGGCCUGGAUAUGCGGAGCACCAGUCACGUUGACCAUUUGAGAAUUCUCAGGCCUUGUGUGGCAGCCUUCCUGGGAACUGAGCUGGCUUCCUGGGGUUUUUCAGGCUCUUGCUUCUUCCUCAGGGUGAUUUCUUUAUUGGCAAAGUACCCAUUUGGAUUGUGGGCCUAGGGGUUACAGCCAGGGCUCCUUCAUCUGCUCGCCGUCACAUCCUACAGGAGCACCCAUUUUCCAGCUGCCCUGUGCCCUUCGAUGCUGGCCAUGGCUAGUACAGCCGCCUCCUGUUUUCUCAGGCCUUCCAGGUAGCCCCCCUCUUGGGCCUUGAAUACAGACUUCUGUGUCAUUGCAGUCUGGGAAGACUUCCCCCAGAGGCCACAGGGCCCUGUCAGGCUGCUUGCGCCUUCCUCCAAGUUGGAGAUUGUGCCUGGCCUUUGAUUUGUGCCUCUCAUGUUAGGGGAGGGGAGUCCUUUCCUUUCCUGAUCUAGCUGCUCGGAGAGCUCAGAGUACCCACUACAGGUCAGCUUUGUUAAGGUACAGCUUUCAUUUUGUUUUUUGUUUGUUUGUACCCUCAGUGUUCUGUUGUUUGUUUUUUCCUUGCCUCCUGGUUUAGGGAGCAUCUUGCAAUUGUUUUUAUCUGGUUGUUGGGCCAGCCCCAGGCUUUCUGUAGAUCUGGAGCCAGGCCAAGAAGGGACCAAGUGUGGGAAUGGGGAGCAUCAGGAACCCAGGGUCAGCCACUGUUAAGAUUCCCGCUACGCUUUGGGCUGUUGGCCGCAUACUGGACUGCACUCCUGAGCCUGAAUGAGGCUCCUUAAGUGUUUUUACAAGUUUGUGUUUUAUUUAUGGAGUGACUUAUCCCUUCCAUUGAGAGGAGCCCCACCCCGCUGGCCGUCCCCUCAGCCUCUGGGCUUCUGCCUCUAAAAGCAGAGAGCGGGGUAAUUGGUCUCCACCCUGUGUUGGGAGCCCAGCCACCAUGCUCAUGGGUAUUUUUCUUGUAAAGUUUAUAAGCAGUUAUUUAUAUGGAUCUUCGUUAUGUCAACUGUUUGUAUUGCCUAUUUUGAUUACAAAAUAAAAUAUUUAAUAGA